AUGAUGCUUCAAGACUUCGACCAAGACUCAAUACACUCGAGCUCCCCUGAUCUCAACGGUCUAGCGGGGCCUUCGUCGAUGGGUGUAGGUGGGAGUGCGGGUCUGGCGAAGAAUGGGAUUUCCAAUGGCAAUGGUCAUUCUGCAGUGCCAGCGACAAAUGGUUCCUCGGGAUUUGGGAAUGGUGUGGGCAACGGCAUAGCAAAGCGGGAGCAUGGGUCGAUAUCCAAGGUGUCACUACCAGGCACGACAUUGUACGACGAUUCUACAGUCGAUCGAGAGGAAUUCGUGAGGUUGGUGAUACAGAGCCUGCGGGAUGUUGGAUAUAUGGAGUCGGCUUCAGCACUAGAAGCGGAGUCAGGUUAUACACUUGAAGCCUCAGAAGUAUCACAGUUCCGUCGGUAUAUUCUGGAAGGUCAAUGGACCAAGGCUGAGGCCAUCUUGAUGCACAUAGGAGUGGUAGAUGAGGAGGGAAUGCUGGACGCGAAGUUCCUCAUAAGUCAGCAGAAGUACUUGGAGUUGCUUGAGGCUCAGAAGACAACCGCUGCUCUCCAUGUUCUUCGUACUGAGCUGGCCCCGUUGAAUGUAGAAGCCGAACACCUUCAUACGCUAUCGAGUCUUAUCAUGUGCUCAGAAGCUGAAGAUCUAAGAUAUCGAGCAGGUUGGGACGGUGCAGCGGGAACUUCUAGGCAGCAAUUACUCUCUAACCUUCAUAGGUACAUACCAUCAUCAAUCAUGAUUCCUCAACGGCGCAUGGCUACCCUCCUUCGUCAAGCCCUUUCCUACCAACGACAGCGAUGUGUUUACCACAAUUCGAACUUCACCAAUUUCUCUCUCUACAUGGAUCACCAGUGCGACAAGGACGCAUUUCCACGGACGACGACAACGAUAUUACAAGUGCAUGACGAUGAGGUAUGGAAUCUGGAAUGGAGCCACGAUGGACAGUACCUGGCGAGCGGGAGCAAGGACAAGACAGCCAUCAUAUGGAAAGUUGGGCCUGUUUCUUCACAUCACCCUCGGGAAUGGAGCCCGCACCAUAUAUUGCGGGAACACCAAUAUGCGGUUGGGUGCCUAGCGUGGUCUCUGGACGACUCCAUCCUUCUCACAAGUGCAGAACAAACCAUCAAACUAUGGAACACAAAGACAGGUGUCUGUUUCCGGACGAUAGACGGGCAUUCCGAUGUUGUCACCGCGCUCGCAUGGCUGCCAGACGAUUCGGGGUUUAUCUCAGGUAGUUUGGACCGCAAGGUCAUCCGAUGGGACCGAGAGGGAAGGCAGCGCGACAGUUGGGGCACCACGGCGAUCCGGGUAACUGAUCUCGCCGUCACUCCAGACUUCACGCGGCUGGUGACGAUUGGCAUGGAUUAUGUGCCGCCACAUUCGGUCACAGUGAUAGAUGCUAACCCUAGAGCCAGUAUGGCUGGCUCACACGGAGGAGAGGCGCCCAUGGGUACACCGCAAAGUGUGCCAAAGAAGCCAGACAACCGGAUGGUUAUCUAUGAUCUGGCGACAAAGCAAGCGGAGUCUUCCAUACGGUUGGAAGGUGAACUCACGAGCGUCAAGAUCUCACAGAAUUCUCAAUACGCAUUGAUUAAUCACUCCCCAGACGAAAUACAUUUGUGGGACCUACACACUGGCCGACUUACCCGCAAGUUCACCGGUCAGCGUCAAGGCCGGCACGUUAUCCGAAGCUGCUUUGGAGGCGUCGAUGGCAAUUUCGUAGUCAGCGGUAGCGAAGACGGGAAUGUCUAUGUAUGGCACCGAGACACAGGAACGCUGCUCGAGGUACUUCCCGGCCACGGAGAAGGAAGCGUCAAUUCUGUUGCGUGGAACCCCAGAAACCAGCAAAUGUUUGCCUCAUGCUCAGACGACAGGACGAUCCGCAUAUGGGAAGCGAACGUGCAUGAGGAGCUUUAUCCUGAUACAUUCACCCACCCCGCCCUAGACUCCAGCUACUCAUCCGUACCCACGGGGAAGGGAAAGGGAAAGCUACGAACCCAGUACGAAGACGAUAACGCGGAAGCAGUCUCGAGGACGUCAGGAACAGGGAUUUAA